GCUAGGAUUAAGGAUUUAGAGCAAUAUUGGGUCUACGUGAACUUUAGAGGGGAGAGAUUGAUGUCUGUUCUGACGAUCCGUACAUAGCUCGGAGCAGUUAUAGCAAGUGAACGUAAACUAAUCGGAUGUUCCUCAUAUUUUAGUCGGACCACGUGUACUACUUAUAUGACUUCAUAUCCCACAGUUGAAGCAAUAAAGAUACGUCAUAAAAACAUCAAGUUCAAACCUACUUUGCGUGAGCACCGAGGAAUUUAUGUAACGGGCAACGCAAGACUUGAACUUAACCCUCAUAAUUCAGGAACAAUUUAUAUCCUUAUACCUUGCCAACCGACCUUCCUUUAGGAACUCCUGCUUGAACUAUUCAUACGCAAAGACAUAUUAAACAAGAUAGUCGCAAACACAUACCUAAUAUUCUCAAUCAUGGCCGAUAACACAGGUAACCAAGACCAAAGCGGAGGCGGAAGCGGCGGGCUCCUCGGUAGCGUGACUGGGGGCGUCGAAAACAUCAUCACGGGCGGUGAUAAGGCCAAGGGCCAGGGAGGACUUGUCGGAGGCCUUGGUGGAGCGGUCGGAAAGACGACAGAAGGCGCCGGAAAUGCCCUCAAUCAGACGACCGAGGGGCUCGGUAACACGGCCGGCUCAGCAACCGAGGGAGUCGGAAACGUUAGCAAAGGUGUCACGGGGACCUUGGACAGUACCAUUAAAGGAGUAACUGGCUCGGGACAGGAAAAGAAGUAGGAGAUAUGUUUCUUGUCAAGGAUAAUGAGGACAGCGGGAAGUCUUCAAGAUUGGAAUAAUAUAGGUCGGGUGCAAUUGUCUAGGGUGUGGGUUGAGUAGGAGAGCCGGAGGGGAUGACGAGAAUUUGGAACAUGAAAUUUGGAACAUGAAAUUCGUCGCCAUAGUUGAAUACAUAUCCCCCAUAUGAAAUCCCUUUCUCAUAUACUACUAUUUUUCAUUUACCCUUUUGUUUUCAACAGACUCAUUUGACUGAUUGAGGUGAUCCAACUAUGUAGCGAGGAUUGUGGCGCUGGUGAAACUACCUAUAACCUCAACUCGGGAUAAUAUUGAGGUAACUAUUUAAAACUUGCAUCAUGCUCCUCGCGACUAAUUACCUACCUGAGGUAUCUUAUGC